AUGUUGAAGAUAUGUUUACGGCUAGCCUUAAUCAGCUGUGCUUGGGGAGCCCUAUUGGCACCGGAGGGUGGGAAGCCGGUUAAGCAUAAGCCUUAUAAGAGACAGCCGGGUGACCCUAAGAGGGCUUCGAAUCCUAUCAUUCUGAGUAGGUUUUUUUUAGGUUUUACAUUGUUUUAGAUAAAAAUGAGUCUGAAAACAAUUUUUUAGGCUUAACAUGACUUCAUAUGCCAUUUUUAAAGUUUAAACUAGAUUUUAAAAACAAUUUUUCAAUCUGAACAUGGAUUUAAAAAUUAUUUUUUUAGGCUUAAAGUUUGUUAAAGCUUGAUUUUUAAAGCUUAAUGCAUCUUAAAAACAAUUUUAAAAGUGUUUUUUAAAGCUAAAAAAUUUUGAAAAAAAAUUCGUAAGGCUUAAAAUGGGCUUGAAAUUAAUUUUUAAGGCUUAAAAUGACUUUAAAAACAAUUUUUUAGGUUUAAAAUGGCUUUGUAAACCAUAUUUUUAGUCAUGAAUUGGUUUUAAACGCAAUAUUUUGAGUUUAAAAUGGCUCAAAUUUUAAAGCUUACAAUAAUUUAGAAAAGAAUUUUUUAUACUUAAAAUGGCUUUAACAAAACUUUUUUAGGCUUAAAAUGACUUCAAAAAACAUUUUUUAAGCAAAAUUUUUUUUUUAAUUUUUAAAACGUUGUCAUUUUAAAAUUGUCCCAUUUUAGUCCCCGGAGACGGUGGAAGUCAAUUAGAAGCGAACCUAACCGGGAAACCCUCAGUCGUUCACUACCUAUGCGAUUCAAAAACGGCCGAUUACUUUGAUCUCUGGCUUGACCUCUCCUCAUUCGCCCCGAUCAAAGUCGAUUGUUGGGCGGACAAUAUGAAGAUGGUCUUCAAUGAAACCACCCUGACUUCAGAAGAUGCUCCUGGAGUCACGGUACGCGUUCCCAACUUUGGUGGGACUGAUACGGUAGAAUGGCUGGACCCGGGACAGCACACCUACUUUCCUGGAAGAUACUUUAAUUACAUAGUUGACGCAUUGGUAUCUUGGGGGUACACUCGGUCGAAAAAUGUCAUUGGGGCUCCUUAUGAUUGGAGAAAGUCGCCGCGUAAGUUUGGCAUUUAGCUGGGGGGGGGGCGGGGGGGGGGAAGACUUUUGAAGCCCGGUCAGGCCUGUUUUUAAAAAUCUGGUCUGGCCCGGCCCGUUUCUUAUGUCUAGGCCAAACAUUUAGUACCGGCCUCGUUUCAGCCGAACUAACCGACUACUACAUAUCUCUAAAGACGUUGAUAGAAACCACUUACCUGUACAAUGACAAAAGGCGUAUCAUCAUCCUUGCGCACAGCAUGGGGAACCCAGUAAUGAACUUUUUCUACCACAAUUUUGUGAAUCAGGUAAGAUUUUUGUACCCUACCCUACCCUACCCUACCUUACCCUACCCUACCCUACCCUACCCUACCCUACCCUACCCUACCCUACCCUACCCUACCCUACCCUACCCUACCCUACCCUACCCUACUCUACCCUACCCUACCAUACCCUACCCUACCCUACCCUACCCUACCCUACCCUACCCUACCCUACUCUACCCUACCCUACACAACCCUACCCUACAAAUUUGAAAGCAUAUUAUUAUAGGCCUGGAAAGACAAAUACAUCCACUCCCACAUAUCCCUAGCCGGAGCAUGGGGUGGAGCGAUGCAAAUUGUCAAACUCUAUGCCUCUGGCUACAAUAUGGACUUUUACCGUAUCCUUCUACCGCCCAGUGAACUCAGGGCGAUGCAAAGAAGCUGGACCAGCUCUGGUCUGCUGUUCCCGUCCAACGUUCUUUGGCCGGCGAACGAGACUUUUGCCCAAACUGAUGCCAAGAACUACACUACAGGCAACGUGGAAGAGUUCUUCAACGAUAUCGGCUACCCAAUGGGCUACAAACAAUACCUACAAGCCAAUGUGGCCCAAACCUUGGAAGCUCCGGGUGUGACAGUACACUGCAUGUAUGGUCAUCAAGUCCAGACUUCAGAGUAUCUGUCGUGGGCGAAAGGAUACUUCCCAGACUAUCAACCGACCAUCGUUUAUGGCGAUGGUGAUGGCACGGUCAACAUACGAUCGUUGAAGACUUGUGAUGGCUGGAAGGGGAAGAAUCAGGGGAAAUUGGUAGGUUUGGUUAAGGAAAAUGUUGUUUUAGGCAUGGUACAUUGAAAAAUUGCAAGAACUUUGUUUACAAAACAUAAAAUGGCAGAAGCUUUCUUUACAAGUUUUGAAAUGGCAAGAACUUUCUUUACAAAACUUGAAAUGACAAGAACUUUCUUUACAAGUUUUGAAAUGGCAAUAACAUUUUUUACAAAACAUAAAAUGGCAAGAACUUUCUUUACAAAACAUGAAAUGGCAAGAACUUUCUUUACAAAUGAUGAAAUGGCAAUAACUUUCUUUAAAAAAUUAUAGUGGCAGAAACUUUCUUUACAAAGCAUAAAAUGACCUUGGUGAAUUUAAUUUUUAAAACUUUUGGAAAAUAUUCUACUUGUCAAGCUGAUAAACAAUAUUAUAGGUAACAGUUCACGAAAUAGAAAAAGCUGACCAUAUGUCGAUUUUGUCAGACCUGAGGACAAUUCAACUCAUCAAAGAUGUGUUAUAUAAUGGAUAA